AACCCUACAUUAACAACAGAACCAGGCAUAUUGACGUUGUGGUUGAUCAUACUCCUUUAUGACAAGACAACAACAAAAAAAAAAAAAAAAAGAGGAGGGCGCUUCUGAUUUCAACGAAGCCCUGAGAAUGAAAAAGAGAAGAUUUUUAAAUGACUAAAAAAAUUACAAAGUUCAUGAUGCCUGUGAUUUUUUUCCUUUUAUUAGUGGUAGCGAUAUACUUCAGUUCUGAUCAACAGUUCUGUGAUGCAGCGAGGGACCAUGGACUAAAUCCCAAACCUUUUUACAAACUGGAUGUUUCCUGGCCAAACCUUCCAGAACUCUUCACUGGCCAAGUGUUUGCUGUUGCUGUUAACCCCGUGAACGGUGUCAUUUAUGUUGCCCAAAGAGGGGAUAAUGUGCCAAAGGUUCUCGUGUUUACCAGGGAGGGAUAUUUUCUUCAGGCCUGGAAUACUUCAUCAAUUGAAAUGCCUCAUGGUAUAUUUAUAGCCAAUGCCUCCUCUAAUCCAUCUAUAUGGAUCACUGAUGUUGGAAAUGGAAAGUAUGGGCACACCAUCAAGCAGUAUACCCCCUCAGGUGAACUGAUUCAGGUUCUGGGGUCAGCAGGAAAAGCUGGAACAGAUGUGAACCCACUUCAGUUUGACCAGCCAGCUGAGAUAUUUGUUCAUAGCUCUGGAGAGGUCUACAUUGUUGAUGGAGAUGGAGGAUUAAACAACAGGCUUAUUAAGCUGUCAAAAGAUUUAGAAGUGGUCUGGAUGCAUGGAGAAAAGGGAACAGGACCAGCUCAGUUCUACAUCCCUCACAGUGUUGCUGUGGAUUCAUUUGAAAGAGUGUGGGUUGCUGACAGAGGAAACAAAAGAAUCCAGGCUUUUAAUGCUGUCACAGGGGAUUGGCUGGGAUCGUGGAGCAGCUGCUUUGACAACGCUCCAUAUUCUGUCAGGCUCACACCAGACCAGAAAUAUUUCAUUGUUGCCCAGUUGAACAUCAAUCAAAUAACUAUCUUGGAAGCACCACCAGUGGGAGCUAUCGGGUACUGUAAGAUAGUAAGUGUUAUCCAGCUGGGUGAAGACAUCAAACCUCACCUUGUUGACGUGGACCUGAAGACCGGAGAUCUUUAUGUGGCUGAAAUCGGGGCACAGCAAGCACAGAAAUUUAUACCAAUUUAUACAUAAAUCCAGUCUUUUUCUUUGUUCUUUUUGUUAUGUUUGCAGGCUAAGUUUCAAGCAAAACAAUUUAUAAUUUUGAAGGGUAAUUGAACUUUGUAACUUUCAUACUGAAAUUUGGACCAAAAUAAAUACUUCCAAACUCUUAAAUCAAUAAUAAUGGAGUUAACUUUGAUAAGUAGGAAAUCAAAGAUGCAUAUUAGGAAACAAAACAAGAAAUUGUGUUCAGAAUUUAUAUUCUAGAAUAUAUAAGGAAAAAGGCUAGGUACAUAUUGAUGGUGUUUUUUUUUUCUGUUGCACAGUUUAAUCUUGUGUUAUCUGUAUUUUGGGAUUGGUUAGGUGGUAGUUGUUUAAAAAUAUGAUAUGAAGUCACCUGAAACACAACUGCAGGAAUAGCACUCUCACAAAAAAAAGAAGUACACCGACACUCACAUUCAUACACUGUAGCUAAAGGGAAAAUUGCAUAUUGUCUCUCAAAAAGCUUGAAAAAUGAACACUGCAUAUAUUACAGUAAGUGUAGGACGUUACACCGUUGUUGGUUGUUGUUUUUCAUAUGAAUUAUAUCUUGCUGUUUCACUAGUUUUAAACUCUUAACUGUGCCAGACUUGUGUAACUAAAAAAUAUGCUGUAUGCCAUGUCCUUGUGCCAUAUAAACUUCACUGAAAAGUA